GGCCACUUCCUUUCUCCGCUGCAGUCUCAAUGUCCCCACGUUGCUCCUGCCUCAUGACAUCAAUGGCAGUGAACCUCAUCCUGGGUUGGUGGCUGGUGGCAGUGAGCCGGGCACAGCAAUUGCCCCGACCCUCCCUGUUGCUGCACCCCAGCCAGGGGGUGUCCCUGGGGAACACUGUCACCCUGCGCUGCCACCUGCCCCAGCCAGCUACCAGGGUCGAGCUGUAUCGGGAUGGACAGUGGAGAUCCAGAAAGGAAAUGGACCAGGAGCAGGACGUGGCUGAGUUCUCCUUGGCUGGAAUAAAGAAGAAAGAUUCGGGGACAUAUCAGUGCCAGUACCAGGGGUUGGCACCUGCAGGGACAUCAGAGAAGAGUGACCCCGUGAAGCUGGUGGUAACAGAUCACAGCUAUCCCCCACCUGGCAUUUCCCUGAGCCCCAAAGAACAUGUGGAGAUAGGGACCAAUGUCACCAUCCAGUGCUCGAACCAGGAAUAUGGGGCCGCCUUCCUCCUGCACAAGGACGGGCACUCAUCCCCUAUCCAGCAACAGGAACCCGAUUAUUGGGGCACUGCCACCUUCACCCUCUUUGGGGUGACCCCAGCUGACUCCGGCACCUAUAGGUGCUCCUACCGCAUCAGGGGCUGCUGCCUUCUGUUCUCACCCCUUGGGGAUAAUGUGACCCUGGAAGUGAUUCCCAGACCUGCACCCCCAGGUGUCAAUGGGGGUGCCAGCAGGGACCUGGUGGCAGUAGUGGUGGGGCGCUGGGUUGCUGUGAUUGUCUUCAUCAUCAUCCUCACUGUCUCUGUCCUCCUCGUUGCCCAGAGACGACAAAUGCAGAGAGAUGAGAGGCCUGGUGCCACCUCCAGAGGCCCUGAGGCCGUGCAGUUCCAGGUGUCCCCCGGUGACAGCGAGGGUCUGACCUACGCCCAGCUGCAAGCUGUGACCCCCAGCAACCACCCCCACAGCUCUUCUACCACCCCUGAACCCCCCAUUAUCUACGCCGAGGUGGGCACGCGGGGACCCCACUGAUGCCCCCAGAUGUGUACGCAAACACGGGUGUGUUGUGUGCACACAUGGACUUCAAGGGUGCACAGUGCCGGUGUGCUCGGUGUGCUCACCACCACGUGUGAAUUACAGCCAUGUACCUGUGCGUGUGAACAUGUGGAUGUGUAUUAAAUGGGUGUGCACCAUCCCAUGUGCACAACAGGUGUACAAA